CAGAAGAGCCGGAUUCCAGUUCGAGUCUCUCUCUUUCUCUCUCUUCUGAGAAGAAAUAGAAACGUCAUAAACCGUGCUGCUUUUUGAGCCCUUUUUUAAUACUAUGUGACGAUACACAUACACACACAGAUACUUGUAUAUCAAAAUUUCUGUUUUAAUUGCAUGAUUUAUUUGGUAUAUUUUUUUCUAUAAUUCGAGAAGAAGUAAGGGGUGGUCAGGAAAGAUCUUGAUUGCUUGAAUCUCUAAUGGAACAGCUCAUCAACUUCAUUAUAAGACCGCCCAGAGCUGAAUACAAUCCAAAAAAUGAUCUGUUAGAUCAAGAAUUUUUGCUAAAAGGCAAGUGGUACCAGAGGAAAGAUUUGGAGGUUAAAAACAGCCGAGGAGAUGUUCUGCAAUGUAGCCAUUACAUGCCCGUUGUCCCUCCUGAAGGAAAGACACUGCCCUGUGUAAUCUACUGUCAUGGAAAUAGUGGUUGCCGUACAGAUGCCAGUGAAGCUGCUGUUAUAUUAUUGCCAUCAAACAUCACAGUUUUUACUCUCGACUUUUCUGGUUCUGGACUCUCUGGUGGAGAGCAUGUUACUUUGGGUUGGAAUGAAAAAGACGAUCUCAGAGCUGUGGUUGAUUAUCUACGUGCAGAUGGAAAUGUUUCUUUAAUUGGAUUGUGGGGCCGCUCCAUGGGUGCUGUUACUAGCUUGAUGUAUGGAGCCGAGGAUCCUUCAAUUGCAGGAAUGGUUUUGGAUAGCCCCUUUUCGGAUUUGGUUGAUUUGAUGAUGGAACUGGUUGAUACAUACAAAGUUCGGCUCCCCAAAUUCACUGUUAAGUUUGCCAUCCAGUAUAUGAGAAAAGCAAUCCAGAGGAAGGCAAAAUUUGACAUUAUGGAGCUGAACACAAUUAAGGUUGCAAAAUCUUGCUUUGUCCCAGUUCUGUUUGGCCAUGCCAUUGAAGAUGAUUUUAUACAACCCCAUCACUCUGAUCGUGUUUUCGAUGCGUAUGUGGGGGACAAGAAUAUUAUCAAGUUCGAGGGGGAUCACAACUCUCCCCGUCCUCAGUUUUAUUUUGAUUCUAUUAGUAUCUUUUUCAACAAUGUAUUACAACCACCCGAGGACGAAGGAGGAAGUAGAUACUUCGACUUGAGUAACGAUUAUUUCCCCAGGGGUAGAUGGAGCACAGUCCAGGACGUGGAGCUUUCAGAUGAAUUAUUGGGUUCGCCUUCUGGUCCGCCAGCUACUAGCACUGAGGAUGCCAUCAGGCAACUUCGCUCCAGGAGACCUAUGAGUUCGACUGUGGUUCCAGCAGAUAUCUCGUCCAACGAUAAUCCACCUGAUUCCGAGGUGGAGAGUCGGGGCUCUGAUGCUCAACCGUCGACUUCUAACAUGAUAAGCCUUGAAUUCCCCAGAGAUAGUCCGCAUGGCUCGCUUGGGCCUGGAUCAGUAGACGACGACGAAUAUGUCGAGUACUCUCUCGAUAUGUUGGCAGAAUUCCCGAGCAAUGUUGAAGAAGAAGAAAGGAUGUUGAUGGUGGCCAUAUUCGAGUCGUUGAAGGACUCGAAGGAACCAUCACCGGACGUUGGCGGUAGUUCUCUCCCUAAACCGGAACCGGCACCAAAAGAUGAACCAAAAGGCGCAAUCUUAUCACCGGAGACUCCUCCCCAAAAUCCACCACCUUCCGAACCAGAAGCUUCCAAAACUUGCUCUCCUAGCGACACGUCCGCAGUAAAGGACCCGGUGGUCCCACAGACACCCCACGUUGAUGCACCGUCGGAUAACCAUAGGGCAUCGGAUGUCGACAUGGCUGACCGGACGAAAGUCACGGUGGAAGUCGAGAAAAACCCGACGAGCAAUAUCAUAGACGGUUUGUUGCGCCGUUGGGACAUCUUCAGAAACAGAUGAUUUAGGGUUGGAAUUAAGAUUGCAUAUGGUGAGAGUGUCUGAAAUAGUUUAGCAUUUGCAGCAAAACUGCUACCACUUUGAGAUGUGAUGAUGAUAGAUAUGAUGUUCAUUUGUUGUAACUAUGGUUCAUAUUCUUUUUCACUCUUUUGUAUAGGUGAUGCAGAUUUGUUUGACUCCUAAUUGAUCUUCAAAUUAUUGUUGCACA